AUGUCAGCUCCUCAGCAAAUCAACAACCUGAAAAAUUCGUUCCAAAGAGCCGUCAACUUGGGCGGCUCGCCAGGUGAGGUCUCAACCUCGCCAACGCAGUCUUUCAUGAGCUCCAUCCCCCGUCGUAUGAGUCUGUCCAAGCAAACUAAGGCCCUAAAGCCUUUUUCCACCGGGGAUAUCAAGAUUUUGUUGCUGGAAAACGUCAACCAGACCGCAGUGGAGAUCUUCAACGGCCAGGGCUACCAAGUGGAGUACCACAAGGGUUCGUUGCCCGAGGAAGAGCUCAUCGAGAAGAUCAAAGACGUGCAUGCCGUUGGGAUCAGAUCCAAGACCAGACUGAACGAAAAAAUCCUCAAACACGCCAAAAACCUGGUCGUCGUCGGCUGCUUCUGCAUCGGGACCAACCAGGUCGAUCUGGACUACGCUGCCAAGCUCGGUGUCUCGGUUUUCAACUCGCCCUUCUCCAACUCCAGAUCCGUCGCGGAACUGGUUAUCGCCGAAAUCGUCACCUUGGCCAGACAGCUCGGUGACAGAUCCAUCGAAAUGCACACGGGUACCUGGAACAAAGUCUCCAAGAAAUGCUGGGAAGUGAGAGGCAAGACGCUGGGGAUCAUUGGGUACGGCCACAUCGGAUCGCAAUUGUCUGUGCUGGCUGAAGCCUUCGGUAUGCACGUCCUGUACUACGACGUGGUCACCAUCAUGGCCUUGGGUACUGCCAAGCAGGUGUCCACUUUGGACGAGCUAUUGAACAAAUCCGACUUUGUCACCUGCCACGUCCCUGCCACCGCAGAAACCAAGAACUUGCUAUCUGCGCCGCAGUUCGCCGCCAUGAAGGACGGUUCCUACGUGAUCAACGCCUCGAGAGGUACUGUCAUCGAUAUUCCAGCUCUGGUGCAAGCCAUCAAGGCCGGUAAGAUCGCUGGUACUGCGCUGGACGUCUACCCCAACGAACCUGCCAAGAACGGUGCCGGCGCCUUCAACGACGAGCUCAACAGCUGGAUUUCCGAGCUGGUGUCCUUGCCUAACGUCAUCUUGACGCCUCACAUUGGUGGCUCCACCGAGGAAGCCCAGAGUGCCAUUGGUAUCGAGGUUGCCACGGGUUUGACCAAAUACAUCAACGAGGGUUGCUCUGUGGGGUCCGUGAACUUCCCAGAAGUCGCUCUGAGAGGUCUGGACCUCGACCAGGAAAAUGUGGUUCGUGUUCUGUACACCCAUCACAACGUCCCUGGUGUUUUGAAAACCGUCAACAACAUUUUGUCCAACCACAAUAUCGAGAAGCAGUAUUCCGACUCCCAAGGCGACAUUGCAUAUCUGAUGGCCGAUAUCUCGUCCGUGGACCAGAGCGAUAUCAAGCAAAUUUACGACCAGCUGAAUGCCACCGAGUACAAGAUCUCCAUUAGACUGCUAUACUAA